AAAUAAACCUUCUUCUUUUGCUUAAAUCAAAUGCAUAAGAUUUUAAUUGAAUGCACAGUUGAAAAGAUUUUGAAAAACCGUUAAAACCCUUUAGAAACCGUUGAAGUAGUUUAUCUUAUCGCGUUAUAAGUGACAAUUGAUUUAGUUUAUUUUGGAGCGAAAACAUAAAUAAACCUUCUUCUUUUGCUUAAAUCAAAUGCAUAAGAUUUUAAUUGAAUGCACAGUUAAAAAUAUUUUGAAAAACCGUUAAAACCCGUUAGAAACCGUUGAAGUAGUUUAUUUUGCCGCGCUAUAAAUGACCGUUGAUUUAGUUUAUUUUGGAGCGAAAACAUAAAUAAACCUUCUUUCUGUUGCUUAAAUCAAAUGCAUGAUUUUUUUCUCUCUCUCUCACCAGUAGCUAGUGAUCAUUUGAACCAUAUAAACCAAAGAGUUACUCAACCAAGUUGGUGAAAGCUUUUAGAUUUAAAACAAAAGCCGUAACGCCAAAUAGAACAAAACAGACAAACAACAUAAAACCGUAACGGGGAAAGAGAGGCACGUGAGAAACACGCCCCUGGAGUUAUAUAAAUAAAGGGUGGUCCCCCCUCAUUUCACUUUCAACUCAAUAGUGAUUCUCUUGCGGCGCGUGGGAAACGGGUGAAAGCUAUGGCUAAUCUUCCUCCUUCUUUCGCUUCCUCCAAGGCUUCUUCUUCCAGCAACGAUCCCAAGCUCUCUCCCGUGGAGCAGUUGGUGCUCGACAUCUGUGACCCUGAACUCAGGGAGAAUGCUCUUCACCAGCUUGCCAAGAAAAGAGAGAUCUUUGAUGAGUUGGCUCCGCUGUUGUGGCACUCUGUUGGUACUACCGCUGCUUUCCUUCAGGAGAUCAUCGCAGUUUACCCUUUCCUGUCUCCUCCAACCCUGACUGCUGCUCAGUCCAACAGGGUCUGCAAUGCCCUUGCGCUUUGUCAGUGUAUUGCUGCUCAUCCUGAAACGAAAAUGCCGUUCCUUAGAGCUCAGAUGCCAUUGUACCUGUAUGCUUUCUUGAAGACGUCAAGCAAGGAGAGACCCUUUGAGUACCUGCGUUUGACUAGCUUGGGGGUGAUUGGUGCACUUGUCAAGGUUGAGGACACGGAAGUGAUCAAGUUCCUUCUUGAAACUGAAAUCAUCCCAUUGUGCCUCCAGACAAUGGAAAGUGGCAGCGAGUUAUCAAAAACUGUUGCAACCUUCAUUAUUCAGAAAAUUUUGCUGGACAACGAAGGGCUUCGCUACAUAUGCGUCUGUGUGGAUAGAUUCUUUGCUCUGAGUCGAGUUUUGGAGAAUAUGGUGACUUCACUUGCAGAAGCACCUUCUCCUAGGCUUCUAAAGCACAUUGUCCGCUGUUACCUUCGCUUGACAGAUAACACCAGGGCCUGCCUUGCACUCAGAGUCUACCUCCCGGAUCUUCUAAGCGAUACCACCUUCACCAGCUGUCUCUAUGAUGAACCAGCUGCAGUGCAGUGGCUGCAGCAAAUGCACCACAACAUCAGGGUUAAACCACCGCCAGGGCUCUAGAAUUUGUUUGUAAAUCAAAUCGGACCCCUGAUUUUUAUUUUCUUGGCAAAAACUUCUAUUCAUUGGACCAAAAUUUAAAGGGGAAGGGGGUUAAGAAUUUACAAAUGAGGAUUAUAAACUCAUAACCAAAAUAUUUUGGAUAUUUUAUAUGUAUUUGGAUUACCAAACUGCCUUAUGAAUGUUGCAAUUAAUAAUUAUUUAAAGACUGAA